CAAAUCUCCAGUCCAUAUUAUCUGGACUGCCACAGAACACGCAUCAUUCUCAAGGACCUGGUCGUACAAGACACGGAGAUUACGUGAGGACAACAACAUUUUAUUUUUAUUUGUUUUUUACACUUUCUUCAGUGACAGAAAUCUUUGACGUUUUUCUUGAGUGACCUGUAAAUGCAAAAAUGGGCUGUUCACCAUCCAAAGGGAAGUUGUUUUGUAGACCUGCCAUGACUGUGCUGGAGAGUGUAAAGUCUAUACCUGAAGAAGAUGUGGACAAAUAUAUGAAGACCAGGCAGAAAAGUAAUGAACUUCCUCUACCUGAUGUAGAAGAUUCUAAAAAAGAUACUGCGUUGUCUGACUUGAAGCCCCAGUCUGACACGGCUGCCCAAAAUACAGGGGGCAUCAAAGAAACAACGGAAGAUGAAAUAGAUAGAUGUGCGUUUGUACAAUCACAAAAAGUCCAAAAGAAAGAGAAAAGAAAGAAAAAGAAACACGAGAGGAAGAGCUCUAUUGUCCAGAAAAAGGUGGAUCUCCCUCGACACAUGGUGAGGGCUCACCAGGCUGCCUAUUCUUUUCUGAACCCAAAUAUCUCUAAAUGUGAAACUCUGCUGGGUUUGCUGGACCAGGCCGCACAGACACAGUUGUCCCUCCAGCCCAUCAUCACUGCUUUGGUGCUGAGCUUUGAGGAGAUCAAUCAGGCACUAGAGGAAAUGGCCGAGGAGGGAGAACUGAUGUUGAAGGAGCAUGGGGACUUCAUGGCUUUGCCUUGUGGGCUGACGGGCCCAGUUGUAAGGCCAGCUAAACCGAGCACGGACUCUGCCAACUCCCCUGGUCCUCCUCCAAAUCUUUUACAACAAAUGCUCCAGCAUUCAACCGAGAGAAUGAAGCUUGUUGGGAGCUCUGUCCAGGUGCUAAGUGACACCUCACUUGGAGAGGCAGUAGAAUAUUUUUCUUCCAUUUCUAAAGUGCUGGGUGAGAAGCUUCAGGCAAAGAAGCUGGCAGAACAGAGGUUGUCUCAUGUGUUGAAACAAGUAGAGGGCGCUGCCUUCAGGAAAUCCACCCUUUUGGAUUCUGCCCUGCAUAGUGAGGACAGUGGUAUUGGGGGAGAGAAUGAAAGUAUGACUGGGUCUGAGAAACACCGGCACCAUCGCGGGAGCGCUGGAUCUGACAGUUGUGGGUCUGGAGUCAAUGUUCGCAGUGCAACUGAAAGCCCACCCAAAAAUGUACCCAGCCUCACAGGCCAAAAUGAAGUUGAUGAAGACGAGGAGGAGAACGAUGAUGAUGACGAUGAGGAGGAGGAGGAGUUUGAAGAAGAAGAAGAUAACAGACCUGAAAGAAAGAGGUCAAACUCUUCCCCACCAGAUCCCAGUCAACCACUUUUCUACAUGCAGGAGCAGCAGCGUACAGUUAAACGCCCCCUGACUGCUGUCACUGUACCCAACACUGAUUACUCCUCAAGCGUGAUGCUGGAGCUACAAGACAGCAAGAAAGACUUGGACCGGCGGAUGAAAGCGAUGGUGGAAAUCCAAGGAAAAAAAGCACCAGCUGGGCGUCAGUACCAUUUGUAUAAAGCUCUAUUACGACGGAAUUCAUUAAAUGAAUCAGCAGGUGCACAGAAUCUCCCCCUGAGGACAAAUCACUCGCCUUUAGCACCUCGACCUCCCAAGCACCACUCUGUCAGAAGGUUAAUAAACAACUUUAGCCAAGGGGUUGAUGGUAGAACAGGUGAGGACUUUCCUAAUAACCCACCUCAUAUUAGGAGGCUCAGGAAAUGUGGGAUUCCUCUGUCAUCCGACACAGAAAAUGGUCAUGAGCGGUGUUCGGUCGUCAACGGCAACAACAACAACAACAGUUGGCCUGAUGGAAAGGAUGACCUGGAUGUAGACAACCUGCCUCCCCCACCUCCAGAGGUUCUGCAGGACAACUCUUUCCAGAGAAAUCUAAACAUACCAACUAAUGAAGAAGGGUUGCAGUACAUUUCGCUCCAGAGUCUCCCAGUGAUUUCCCAUAAAGCUGGAGUCUCCCAGCGACUGAAGGUUUCUCUACAGAAUGUGGAGGUGCUUCCAAACCGAGCCAGCACCAAGCCAAAAUCAGACAGUACUUUCCCUGCCUGUCCGACCAAGGAAGAUGUUGUAAUGGAGGAUAAAGAUGCCCAGGAGCAACCCAAAACUGAUAUUUAUCCAGAGAAGGUCAACUGUCUCCUCCAGCAGGCACAGAAGAUCCUUCAGUUGCGUAAUGCAGCAGAAUCCUCUGGCCAAGAACCAUCACCCCUUCAAGACAGAAUGGGCCCAAGGUGUGAAAACAACCAAUUGUGUGCGGGUGAGAUGUCCGCUUGCUACCUCCCUGUGACAGCGCCACCUGUCUCAAGAGUCCGGCUACCACCAUCCUGUCCCUCCGCCAGGCCCCGGGUUCUCUCCUGUAGUCCGCCUGUACUCAGACAUCAGUCUGCCACGAGAGCCUCAUCUCGCCCAAGUUCUCCAAGAACUGCAGCGCGUGUCACUAAAGAGUUCAUUCCAUCCGUGUCCUUCCGUGAAGCGCGUUCAGUUUUCUGUCAAGAGGAGUCACAAAACUCUCAGACCCGCUUUUCCGUUGGGAGUUCUGUGCUUCCCAGACCAUGGGGAGAGGUGAGCCGGGGCAGGCUGACCACAAGACUGACAGACAACUCUACACGUCGUACCAAAUCAGAACAGAGGACGAGUCUAACUUCCCACUCAGAGUUUUCCAAAGACGGCAGUUCGACCUCAGGUCAGAUCAAUGGGAGCGAGCCUGUUUCUACACAAUGCUGGUGACGAGAGGUCCACGCAGCUCUGACACCAGAGCUCGGCUGUGAUUGGCCGGAGUUUAUGACGAGAUGUGAUGUGGAGAGAGAAUAGAACUUAGUUGUGCUCCCAAGUUUUCUACAUUAACUGUGAUUCAAUUCAAGUGACAAAUCUGUGACAAGUCAGUCUCACGUUCUCCUGAAAUUGAAGUAUGUUCUGUUUCCUGUUUUAUUUUGAAAUAAUUACCAUUGCCUCUCGUUUCAGUGUCUGCUUCCUGUCGAGUUUCCCUGUCCCACCCUGAUGUGUUUCACCUGUCGAUCAUUAGCCCUCCAUCUGUGUAUUUAGCCUGCAUGUUUCCUGUGUCUGCUGACCGUAUUUAAGGGCAACCUUAAGUAACCUUAGCCUUCUGAUCUGUUUCGUACUUCUGGAUCUUUCGUUGCCUUUCGUGCUUUUUUGGAACCCUGUUUUGUUUCAAGACCAGUAAAAGGUGUUUUUCAAACUGAGACUGAUGUCGCGUUGUGCUUUUGAGACCACAUCCAGUGAUAAAACAAAGUCUAACAACGCAGCACCGCACCGAAGAAUUUCAAUCACAGCUGAAGAUGUACUGAUGUAAAUACAGGUUUAAGAUAAAAAGAACAAAGCAUUUGAGUUUGAAAAGCUUCCUCUCUGGACCUUUCUUAUUUAAAUGAUGUAAAUGUGUUAAAUCCACACAACGGCGUGAAUAAACCAGACAAUUAAAAGGUAUUUAUCACAAAAA